AUGAGAGAGUACAAAGUGGUGGUGCUGGGUUCCGGCGGCGUGGGCAAGUCUGCGCUCACCGUGCAGUUCGUGACGGGCUCCUUCAUCGAGAAGUACGACCCCACCAUCGAGGACUUCUACCGCAAGGAGAUCGAGGUGGACUCGUCGCCGUCGGUGCUGGAGAUCCUGGACACGGCGGGCACGGAGCAGUUCGCGUCCAUGCGGGACCUGUACAUCAAGAACGGCCAGGGCUUCAUCCUCGUCUACAGCCUGGUCAACCAGCAGAGCUUCCAGGACAUCAAGCCCAUGCGGGACCAGAUCAUCCGCGUGAAGCGGUACGAGCGCGUGCCCAUGAUCCUGGUGGGCAACAAAGUGGACCUGGAGGGUGAGCGCGAGGUCUCCUACGGCGAGGGCAAGGCCCUGGCCGAGGAGUGGAGCUGCCCCUUCAUGGAGACAUCUGCCAAAAACAAAGCCUCGGUGGACGAGCUGUUCGCCGAGAUCGUGCGGCAGAUGAACUACGCGGCGCAGCCCAACGGGGACGAGGGCUGCUGCUCGGCCUGCGUGAUCCUCUGA